GUGACCUAGAAAAUCUAUAAAUAUGGGUAGCGUCCGUCCAUUGUGUGUUCACCGGAGAGUCGCUGCCGUGGACAACAGACAUUGACAGUAUGGCGUCGACGAGCCGUGGAGACUCAUUUCCUAAGGUGCAAUGCCCCAAUCACCCCGAUGCAAUACUAGUGGAGGACUACAGGGCAGGAGACAUGAUCUGUCCUGACUGUGGCCUUGUAGUAGGUGACCGUGUAAUUGAUGUAGGGUCAGAGUGGAGAACGUUCACCAAUGAGAAAGCAACUAAUGACCCGUCUCGUGUUGGUGACGCUCAGAACCCUCUCCUCAAUGGAGGAGACCUCACCACCACGAUCAGCAAAGGGACAGGUGCAGCGAGCUUUGAUGAGUUUGGAAAUUCCAAGUACCAGAAUCGAAGAACCAUGAGUAGCGCGGAUCGAGCCAUGUUGAAUGCCUUCAAGGAGAUCACCACCAUGGCUGACAGGAUCAACCUCCCCAGAAACAUUAUCGACCGAACAAACAACUUGUUCAAACAGGUUUACGAACAGAAGAGUCUGAAAGGCAGAAGUAAUGAUGCGAUCGCUUCAGCCUGCCUUUACAUAGCGUGCAGACAGGAAGGCGUCCCUAGAACAUUUAAAGAAAUCUGUGCCGUGUCUCGGAUCUCGAAGAAGGAGAUCGGCCGCUGCUUCAAGCUUAUCCUGAAGGCUCUUGAGACGAGCGUGGAUCUCAUUACAACCGGCGACUUCAUGUCACGUUUCUGCUCCAACUUGGGCUUACCCAAACAGGUGCAGAUGGCGGCCACUUAUAUCGCCAGGAAGGCCGUUGAACUGGACUUGGUUCCAGGGCGCAGUCCGAUCUCAGUGGCAGCCGCAGCCAUUUACAUGGCCUCCCAAGCAUCUGCUGAGAAGAAGACACAGAAGGAGAUUGGGGACAUCGCUGGAGUGGCAGACGUCACCAUCCGUCAGUCAUACCGUCUCAUUUAUCCCCGCGCUGCCAAUCUCUUUCCUCCAGACUUCAAGUUCGACACACCAGUGGAUAAACUUCCUCAACUGUGAACACCCAUGUGCCCCACACUCACUGCUCUUUGUACUUUCAGAAUUUUUUUCCCCUUUCUCUUUGAAAUUUGCACGUUUUGCUCUUCCCCCGUGAAGGCCGAAGCCUUUUGAAGAUGACGGCAGGGAUCCGACAAAGUACAGAAGACACAUUCCAAGUUUAAAUCGCAGAUUGCAGGCUCUACUUUAAUUUGUGUGUAUAUAAAUUGUACAUAUGUUCAUCUGAGAAUUUGGUGAUUGCAAUUAGGCGUAUUUCUUACUGUAACAUUUUCCUUUGUAGGAAAUGAUUUUGUUAGCUUGUUGCAUUAUAUUUAGUAACUUAAAUAAUAAAUGCUUUUCAGAAAAGCAUGGUGAAUAUUUCAGAAAUACCCAGAACAGGUGUAAAAAUACCAUGAGCUUUGAAAGCGUGUAGCUCACGAAUGGUUUUAUUUCCCCUUCUUUUUUUAUUUCACGAGGGGAAUGGUGUGAAGCAGAAGUUUCUGUCCGUGUGUUUCUGUUCCUGUAUCCACAGCUUAGUUAAUAUAAAGAUUUCAUGAAACAUCAAAUAAUCUUUUUUGAAGUGACAAAUAAACCAUUUACAACCUGAUUAGGUCUACGAAAUGCAGAAAGACUCAUGACUUACAUAAUAAACAUUUAAUUUUUGCA